UCAUCACCUCUGCGAGCGCAGCAUCCAUCCCUGCGCUCUCGCUGCGCCUGGGCCUACCUCGCCUCGGGCUCCCCGGCCAGCGAUGCGCUCGUGGCCCAUCUAAAUCCGGACCGAGCCGCGCUCUCCAAGGCCUCGGCGGAGCGCCCCCUCUUGCCGCCCACGGCCCAGGCCAAGGAGACCUGCCGAGCCCCGGCCAUGGAGGCCAUCUGGCUGUACCAGUUCCGGCUCAUUGUCAUCGGGGAUUCCACAGUGGGCAAGUCCUGUCUGAUCCGCCGCUUCACCGAGGGCCGCUUUGCCCAGGUUUCGGACCCCACCGUAGGGGUGGAUUUUUUCUCCCGGCUGGUGGAGAUCGAGCCAGGAAAACGCAUCAAGCUCCAGAUCUGGGAUACUGCGGGUCAAGAGAGGUUCAGAUCCAUCACUCGCGCCUACUACAGGAACUCAGUAGGUGGUCUUCUCUUAUUUGACAUUACCAACCGCAGGUCCUUCCAGAAUGUCCAUGAGUGGUUAGAAGAGACCAAAGUACACGUUCAGCCCUACCAAAUUGUAUUUGUUCUGGUGGGUCACAAGUGUGACCUGGAUACACAGAGGCAAGUGACUCGCCACGAGGCAGAGAAACUGGCUGCUGCAUACGGCAUGAAGUACAUUGAAACGUCAGCCCGAGAUGCCAUUAAUGUGGAGAAAGCCUUCACAGACCUGACGAGAGACAUAUAUGAGCUGGUUAAAAGGGGGGAUAUUACAAUCCAGGAGGGCUGGGAAGGGGUGAAGAGUGGAUUUGUACCAAACGUGGUUCACUCUUCAGAAGAGGUUGUCAAAUCAGAGAGGAGAUGUUUGUGCUAGUCAGCCCUUUUAUUUCCAAAACAUGCUCUCGCACUUGAACUUAAAAGUGAUCAAAAUGAAUAGAAUCCUUGUGUGACUGAAGACAACUCAACAUCCAUUUUGAAUACCAAGUGAGCCUCCUUCCCAAGGGGCACUCUGACAGGCCAUGGGUGGAUGGAUGGGGGAGCCUGGGUGCUGUGACUGAGGAACUAAAUUACUGACGUGGGCCAGGCACUGUCUUGUGACACAUGCUGGGCAGUAGCUGCUCUGCGUGCCCUUUGUGGACCACAUGUCAAGGGGCUGAGACUUGAGGAGUUAGACCCCAGAAAAUAUACCUGCAGACAGGACAACUAUUUCUUGGUAUUUCAGCUCAUUCAUAGGUCACAAACAUAAAGAAAUACGUAGAGGGGAAUAAAGUAUCACACUGGGAACAAUUAGCAAAAGCAAAAAAGACUAUGAUAUCAACUUAAUCAGUGAGAAUAUCCUACACCAAAUCUGUGCUGGGUUUGAUUAAAAGGUACCAGUUAGCUUCUAAACAGCCCAUCUGUAAAAUGAGGGACAUGGACCAGCUAUUUACUAAGACCCUUUCAAGGCCUGGCGUUCUACUAAAAAUGAUGUGAAUAUGAAAAGGGAGGCUGUUUACACACUGUUUAUCACAUUUGUAUUCCCUUGUGAUUGUAUAACCAGCUGUGUGAAAGAAAUUGUCCCAUGCAAAUUACCAUGUAAGUAGGAGAGAGAAACACUGGAACCCAAACACCAUAUCCUCUUUCCCCUCUGACCAUGCCUGGGGUUUCACUGCAUUGGUGACUGCCAUCUAGAAGUAAACAACCUGUGAUCUCUUCAGGUAUCUGAAGGCAACAACCCAGGGAUUGCCUCUGGUGGCAAUCUAUAUGUGAACCUGAUGCAGUCUAUAUAGAAACUGAAAUAUAAUAACGUAAACCUAAAAUUGACACAAUGUUAUAAGCCAAUAUGACCCCAACAAAAUAUUUUUUUUGAAAAAAGAGCCCUGAGGCAAACACUUGCUCAUCAGUCCUCUACUGAGUAUCUGUUCAACAGUCACUUGAGUUACUGAUUUGAUCAUUGGAACAGGCCUGUUAGGUCUUCCCCAUUUUACAAAAGAAUAAACUAAGAGGCAGAAGACUCACUUGGCCAAGGUAAAGGUCUCCUGACUCCUAGUUCUUGUUUCACUGCAUCAUCCUGCUGUCAAAUGAAUGAACUGUUAUUAAUUUGUUUACUUUGGAAGAGAUAUAACUGUAAAUAAAUGUUCUCUACAUGUUAGGGUAUGUUUCUUUAUUGAUUACAACUCAGCUAUAAUCCUGAGAGAACCUGGGGAUGAAUCAAAAGUAAAGCCCUUUCAAGUAUUAUUGACAAGAGGGCUUGACACAAGUGAAUAAUUGCACAACUGAGAAUACAUUAGAACUGUGCAGGCUAUAAGUGUUCUUAUCACUGAAACAUACUGGACAUAUUAUUGAAAGGAACCAAAUACAGCUGGGGAGUGGGAAGGGGAAAAAUACUCACCUCACAAUAACCUUGGCCACCUGUUUGCCAUAUACCUACACUGGGCUCCUAUCUACCCUAAAGAGUCAGCUCUUAAUUCUCAGGUGAACAGACAGCUAACUACAUCAUAAAAUUGGAAUGGUUGGCUUGAGGUUCCAUUAUCUUCUUGAAGAGAGGUGAUGCUUUAAAUUAUUUUUUGGAUUGUAGCCAGUUCAGCUAGGCAAAAGCCAUACUUUUCACAGUAAGAAAACAAGUCUGAUUAGAGUCAGAUAUCUCAUAUCCAUUGUAAUAGGAAAGCCUGAGAAUGGUAAAUUGCUUUGAGAUAUAGUAUUGAACUUCAGUAUGAAUGUGACUGAAUCUGAAACUUUGGGAAUUUACUUCAGCCAGAAUAAAGAAGCCAAAUAAUGAAAAUUAUGAAAACAAACCACCUUGGACCAACCUGCAGCAUCAACUACAAGUGAACAAAUCAUCAUCUCUAUAUUCGUUUAAUAUGACCUGGCUUGGGUGGACUAAUUAAGUUGCCAGAUUUGUGGUUGUAGAAGGCAAAUAAAUGAUAAUAAAUUGGGUUAACACAAAGUUUCAUCAACUACUAUACUUAGUUAUGUUUAGAAGAUUCUGAAAGCAAGAUUAUCCAGUGGAUAAACAAGAGUUGACUGGAUUCUGUCAAUUCAAAAAAAGGAUAGAAAUGAAACUUCUCUGUGGUUUUCUUGACUAAAAUACGUUAUAUGUAUACUUUUCCCAUUCCUUCCAUUUGUUUAGGCAGGUUUAAAAAUACCAAGCAUAGAUCCAGCAGGGGCGGCUGAGCUUAAUUGCUUAAACAAAUUCUAGAAACAUUAAAAGUCAUUUUAGUAGAAUUCAGUGCUGUUGUCACUGCACUUAAGUGGGUUUUAGAAAAUAAGUGUGAAAAAACGAGGUGUUAAUACAAUACUAAGGAUAAAGCUUUAGAAGCUAUUUUACUACAUAGGUAAAGAAAAGAUAAACUAACUUGUAACUAAGACCACAACUGCAUGUUGGAUUAGAUUGUCUCAUAUUCCAGAAUAAAAUGUACUGUAUACUUUUCCUAUGUUGUGCACUGUAACGAAAUGUGAAAAAAUGUUUUCUUUAGCUGUAUGUGAAUGAAAAUUUG